AUGUCACAGAAUCCUGCAUCGCUUGAUUUAAUGCACACGAAUCGGGACGUAGACCGUGCGGCCCAUGCGAAAAUGUCCGUUGUAGGGGAAAUUUUUGUGAAUCAGUUUGUGGGCCUUGGUAGGGUGCACCAAAGUGCUAAUAAAUGCAGGAGUAUUCUGGCUAUGGAUCAUUACGUGAAGGUUAGGUUUGGAAUCUUGUGGGUCUGCAUGUACAUUGAAUUUAAUGUAUUAGCACCACAGUGCAUGCGGAAUAUUAAGCCUCUUAUAGCAUCACCCACCUUUAAUCGUGCACCCAAGAACUUUCAACAUACAGUAAAAUGUCUCCUGUACUUCAGUAACAUGAAACAAUGUCUCCGUCUGCUUGGGAUUGGCCAUUUCCUCACCAAGUUGGAUGAACUGACAGAUACUGGCAGUAGCUUAAGGAUCAUCUCUGCCCUUGAUGACAAGAUAUCUGCAAAACAUAGUGUUCAGAUAGCAGCCAAACGGAACAGAGUUAUAAUGAAACAGGAAGAACUUAGAAACAAGCCAGCCAAGAAAGUACUCAAGGUUCCUGCUCGCAAAGAAAACUUUGAGCAAGAGAAUGUUGACCCAAACAUCAUUUCCACGAAUCCUGAGGAGCCAGUUGGAAAGGUUUCCAUCAGCACGUCCUCAUCAGGAGUGGUUAUGACGCAGAAUGAAUGGUUGAUUCAACAGAAGGCAGACUCUCAACCCACAGAAGCACCCAAGGAGGAAACAAUUACCACUAUUAUUCCAACAGGCCGCCAACUACCCAGAACUCCUGUCAAACCAUCUAAUCUUCCACCUGAAGAUGCUGACUCUCCAGAAACUUCAUGUGCAAUAGAAAACAGUGACAAAGAUUCACUUUUUUCGUCUGUUGCUCCAGCAACUAAUCAUAUUCCAAGUGGACGACAGCUUCCCAGAACACCAAAGGCAGAGGAAGAUCUUAAUUCUAGUGAUGAUCAGUCAGAAUUUAGAAAAUCUGAGUCUGUCUUGGAAGAAAAGUCACACCAUGGCAUUAACCUUGCAAUGCAGAACAAAACUGAGACUAACAGAAGAGGAACCUUUGUCCUCCCAACACCCCCAAGAUGCCAACAAACAGUGAUUUUGUCAGACGAUUCUUUAAUUGAUAGUGAAAGACGGGGCACUUUCACUUUCCCGCCACCUUCAGGAUAUGAAAAUAAAGAUUCAUACAGUGAACAUAGUGAGGGUACUGGUGAUAGGAGAGGGACAUUUACUCUGCCCACCUCUGAAUGUGAGAGAGAUGAUGACACUAGUCUAGAUAGAAGGGGCACAUAUACUUUCUCUCCUCCUGCAGAAUUUAAGGGAGAAGAUUCGUAUGAUGAGGAAAUAGACAGUGAAGAAAAUAGGAGCACAUUCACCCUCCCACCUCCUGUUGGGUAUGAGGGAGAAGAGUCCCACAGCAAUGUCACUGAAGUUGAUGCUGAUAGAAGGGGUACAUUCACCUUUCCCCCUCCAAAUGGAUAUGGAGAAGAUGACACAUACAUUGCAGUUAAUGCACCAAAGAGAAGAGGAACAUACAAUGUCUCAUCUACUGAAAUGGAUGGAGACUCCCUUGAUUCUUCCCAAGAUGAGGAUGAUAACAUUUUUCAAAGUGAAACCAACAGGCGAGAAACAUUUGCCAUCCCUUUGCAUUCUGAGAAAGAGGAGAGAAGGGGUACAUAUGCUAUUAGUGGUCCUUCAGAUGUUGACAGACGUGGUACAUAUGCUAUUAGUGGUCCUUCAGAUGUUGACAGACGUGGUACAUAUGCUAUCAGUGGUCCUACAGAUGUAAGGAACAGACGUGGUACGUAUGCUAUCAGUAGUCCUUCAGAUGUAGGGGACAGACGUGGUACAUAUGCUGUCAGUCGUCCUCCAGAUGAAAAUGAUAGACGAGGUACAUUUGCUAUCAGUGAUCCUUCAGGUGCUAGUGAUAGACGAGGUACUUAUAAUCUAGGUAGAGGCCCAUGCACCUCAGAAGACUAUGUAGGGCCAAUUUGCUCAAACAAAAUGAAAAAGGAGAUUUUAGUUUUUGGUCAAGAUUCUCUCAACACUAAGCCUAUGGGACCUAUUCCAGAUUUAAGUGAGUUUGAUGAUCUCCCAUUCACUGAUGAACCCCCUACCUCUGAAGUUACUGUGAGUGAUUGUACAUUUCAGCAUGAUUCUGUUGAAUCAUCUAGAGAAGUGUCGGAACUUUCUGAGAGAUGUUUGGAUACACCAUUUGAGAGUUAUGAAGUACAGAAUGCUUCACAUGAGGAUAUGCCUUUGCCAAUUACUAGUGUAAUGGUAGAUAAUAGUGUGGCUUUACAACCUCCAGCAGCUAGAGAAAAUUAUAUUCCACGAGGAAAACAGAUACCAAGGACACCCAAUGAGAAUGACUCAAGGGAAAAGAGCAACUCUUUGGUAAACAGUACUGGAAGUGGAAAUGAUACUACAUUUGAACAUUCCAGCAUUGGAAGUGAUCCCAAUUUCUCUGUUCAGAUAUUUGUUGCAAGUACAAAGAGGCCCCAGAAUGCUAAGCUGACUGGAGCAACAGAAGGUGACGCAGUAUUGAUUGAGAUCCCCAAAGAUGACCAUGAUAUGCCCAGAAACAAAAUCCAAAACAAUUAUGACACUACUUCAGAUACAAAACUAAAACCUCAAGUAAAACAAAACUCUAAGCAGCUUCAGCCAAAAUUGAAGGAGGAAAGACCUAGGAUAGAUUGGGAUGCUAAUAAUACUUCUGAAAAAUAUUCAGCUACCAGCAGUGUUGAUCUUCAGGAUAGGAUUUUGGAAGAUAAGUCACCAAACCAGCUUGCAGAGUCUCCUUUCUUGAAGAAAACCAGCAUCUCAGACUUUGAUGAUUCCUGGGAGAUUUUCCCCUCAAAGAAUAGAAAAAUAAUCAAGAAGAAUGAGAAUUCCAUUGCAUGUAACCUUGGAGGAGCAAGUAGAGUAGCAGAAGAUGAAUUAACAAAAGAAAAUACUUCUGUUAUGGAUACCAAAAGGACUAAGAUGGGUGAUACUGAGAACAAGAGUGAAAGUCAUGGUAGUAAUGAAGAAGAGAUGCAGAAUGAGUAUGCAUUUCACAGAAAUGAGUUGGCUGAAACAUUAGAAGAGGACAUCAUGCAUAAUCCUGCAGGAAAAAGGAAGCAAGUUAGAGGUAAGAGGAAGGAGAAAACCACAGAAAUGUUGGAGAACCUUGAUGUUUUGGCUCACACACAGAAAAAGGAUAAAAUCAAAGCAAGGGAGACGAAACUCGAGAAAAACGAACCUGAGGUUGAAAACAGCACCGAGAAUGUAAGAAAUAUUAAAGAAAAGGAAAACAACAUGCUCCCAGAAAAGAAAGUUAAUUUGAGACAUAAAAGCAAGCUAGAAAAACAACAGAGAUCUGCCAGAGCUUGUGAAGAAAACAGACCUCAUGAUGCUGACCUUAAUUCAUCAAAUGAUACAGGACAUAAUGAUAGUAACCAGCUUUUCUUACAUCCAGUGAAGGCAAAUAGGCAAGGACAGGAGUCUCAAGAUGACAGCAAAAAGAAAGCAGUAGACACUAAGUCAGUAGAAGAAGAAUCUGUUGAACCCAAAGAAAAUAAAUCAAGGCAAAGGAAACCAGCUGAAGAUAAAACAGUUAAGAGAAGAGGUAGGAAAAAGGAAAAUGUAAUAAGUGAAGAUUUUGGCAACAAAGUGGAAACAGCUGUUACAAAAUUAGAAAAAAGUGAAAAACAGGAUUCUGUAGUAGAGCCAUCUAUAGAAAAGGAAAUAAACAGCAAAAGUGAUGAAUUAUCACCAGUCAAAGCAUUGCCCAGACGAGGCAGGAGAAAGAAAAUUGAACCAGUGGAAAUACUCCAGUUAACAGAGAAUGACUUGAAUGUAAAACCAACAAAAUUAUCACCCAGUGAAGAAUUACCAGAAGCACCAGCUAAACGGAUGCAAGGCAGGUCAUCAAGGAGAGCAGCAAAAGAUCCUCUGCCCAAGGAAAAUGCUGUUGAAUUGAAUGAAACCAUACCAGUUCAGAAGGGUAAAAAGAAAUCGGAAGAUGUAGAAGAGAAAAUUAACAUACAGAAAAGAAGUGGUUCAGUAUACUAUACUUCUAAAGACAAGCAGGCUGCUGAUGAACUGACAGAACCUGUAUUACAAGAACUAGUAAAGGAGACAUUGCAGCCAGAACCAAAAUCCAGGACAAAGAGACAGGCAGGGAAAAAGAAUGAUGAGACAGUAAUAAAAAGUCCUUCGACCACUUCCAUUCCAGCCAAGAAAAGUAGAAAGCAAAAGAAGACACAGGAAGAAAAUGUAGAUCUGACAGUAGUAAAAGAAGAGAACCUCAUGGCAGAAAACAAGAAGAGUACAAGGAGAAAGAAAAUACAGGUGGAAAAUGUAACUGCUGUGGAAGAGAAAUCAGAAACACGAGAAAAGGCUAAAACAGCAAGAGUAAGGAAUGGCAGAGGAAGUAAGAAGACACUGGAUCCUGAAGAAGAGUUAGGGAGUGAGAAUACUCAAACCCACAAACCAAAAGGAAGGAGAAAAAAAGCCAAUCAUGAUGAUAGUCUUAUAGAUGUUGAGCAACAAAACCAAGCAGCCAAAGAAAAGGAAGUUCAGAAACCCUCGGUGAAAGCUCCCAGGGGUUCUCGUAAAAAGAAGAAUGCAGAGAUGUCACCAGAUGUUUCAUCCCAAGAAGUUCUUCCAGCUGCUGUUCGUCCAGGGCGGCGAUGUAAAGCCAAAGCUUCAGCAGUAAUUGCUGAGACCUUAAAUAGUUCUGACUCUGAUUUUUUCAAGACUAUUAGAGCUUAUAAAUGAUGAACAAUCCUAAUUAUGCAGGCUGGAGAGAUUCAGAGCUAUGUGGGCUCACA